AGCUCCAGUGUUUAACUCCCCCUCCCAAAACAUCCGAGCUUUCGAUCACCUGCCAGCAACACCCCAAGCCCCCCGUGCCUCCGUCUCUUCCUCCCCAAUGGCUGGUCUCACCAGCACAUUCCCCAUGAGGCCCAGUCUUUACAAAACCCGAAGUACCUUUUUCCCCAGUUCCUACUUCUUUGGCCUCCGCCUACUUCACCACCACCCUAUCACUUCCGCUACCACUAUUCCCGUUUCCCUCGCAUCCCGCAUCACCUCCAUUUCUGCCCGCUCCGGCGGCGGGGGCGGAGGGUAUUACAGGAGGUCCCCGCCUCCAGUUGAGGAAGAUCAAGCUCUUGAUAUCUCCUCCAUUGGGUCUGAUCAAGUAAGGCUUAUUGAUGAACAGCAAAACAUGGUGGGAAUAGUUUCAAAAAGUGUGGCACUUCAAAUGGCUGAAGAUGCAGAACUUGACUUGGUCAUAUUGUCUCCUGAUGCAGAUCCUCCAGUUGUACGAAUUAUGGAUUAUGACAAGUACAGGUAUGAGCAGCAAAAGAAGAAAAAGGAGCAGCAAAAGAAAAGUGCUGCCAGCCGUAUGGAUUUGAAAGAACUCAAGAUGGGGUAUAACAUUGAUGUGCAUGAUUAUUCUGUGCGUUUGAGGCAAGCACAGAAGUUUCUGAGAGAUGGUGACAAGGUCAAGGUCAUCGUAAACUUGAAGGGCCGGGAAAAUGAGUUCAGGAACAAUGCUAUCGAGCUUCUAGAACGCUUCCAAAGUGAUCUCGGAGAGCUAGCGACUCGAGAGAACAAAAACUUCAAAGACAGGAAUGUAUUUAUAAUUUUGGUUCCAAACAAGGUUGUUGUACAGAAAGCUCAGGAAGAGCAAAAGAAAAAGGAUAAGUCAGUGGCAGCUGAAGUCUCAGCCAGUGUCUAGCCUUAUUCCAGAUGUGAUGAUCCUUGAGACAGGAAGUUAGCUAGUAGCAUACGCGUUUGUAUACAGCUGAUAUCAGGAAUCUCACUAGGAUUUAUUGUUCUUUGUAUAGAAGUAGUGAUAUAUACUGUUAUGAGUAAAUAGCUUUGCUGCAUUUUCAAUAGCAACCCUUUGAAUUUUUUCUCUGGCAUCUUUCUAUAUGAUGGUUAUUCUAAGCUUUUUCUUGUA